UCACUAAAUCGAAAGUAGAGUUACACUUUAAAUACAGUUUGAACCGAAACCACAACAGUCUGUUGCUAAAGCAUUCAUAAAAACAUAAUGGCGGAAAUGUUUGACUUAAAAAGGUGUCCAGAAGCCUUUAAUUUGAAGGUCGGGGAAUCUGCCGACCUUUCACCGAACAAAGAUAAAGGAAUAGUAAAAAAAAUGUUAACACAAGGGAAAGGCGGCGAAUACCCGAAUGAGGGUGACAAAGUUUUCUACAAGUAUACCGCAUACUUAGGCGAUAAAAUGAUAAAGGAAUACAUUUUUGACUCAACAGAGAAAGACGGAAAACCGUUUGAAUAUGAGUGCUUAAAAGGCAAGGUAAUCAGAGGUUUUGAAUUGGCAGUGUUAACCAUGAAGCCAGGAGAAAGAUCAUUGAUAUUCAUCAAACCUGAGUAUGGGUUCGGAAAAAGUGUUCCCCCAAGUGUCCCUCUAGACACCGAUAUUCUCUUUGAUAUCGAAAUCAUCAAAGUAGAGUGUGCAGACAUAUCGUCAGAGCAAGAUAAAUCCGUGUUGAAAAAAGUGUUAGUGAGAGGGAAAGGUCUCCUCCAUCCAAGCAAUGGUUGCCCAGUAGAGUUACACAUCAAGGGAAAGUGUGGUAAGCGAGUGUUUAUGGACAAAGAUGUCAAAUUUAAAAUGGGUGAGGGAUCAUCUGAAGAACAUGGUCUUCCACCAUUUAUUGAGCGCUAUCUGAAACACUGGAAGACUGGCGAGGAAGCACGUGUUUUCUUUGCAGCUAGACAGGCUUUUGGACAAGAGGGCUGUGAGAAGUAUGACAUCGGGCCCAACAAGGAUCUCACGUUCUGGAUAAAUAUGAAACAAAUCGAAAGGGUCAAGGAAUACUGGGAGAUGGACUACAAAGAAAAGAUGGACAAAAGUGUUGAGUACAAGGAAAUCGGGGAAAAACACUUCAAGGGAGGUGAGUACGAAUUAGCGACUACGAUAUACGAGAAGAUGCUGGAGUAUGUACAGGACGACCUAGAGGGAGAGGAUGAGGAGAGAAGGCGCGAUUUAGUCGUCUUUGGCAAUCUGAGGCUGGCAAAAGCUUACCUUAAGGUUGAGAAAAACUCCAAAGCUCGUGAUUGCUGUGAUAAAGCUCUCACAUUUGACGAAAAUAAUCUGAAGGCCUACUUAAGAAGGGGCAUGGCAAACUUUGCAGAUGGGGAGUAUGAAACAGCAAAGAAAGAUUUCCAAAAAGUGUUGGAGAUUGAACCACAAAACAAACCGGCAAAAGAUCAGAUUGACAAAUGCAUAAUCAAGAUGGAUGAAAAGGCGAACAGUGACAUAGAGCUGGCUCGAAAGAUGAUGUCCAGCAUCGGGAAACAAGUUACAGGAUAAAAGAGGCACCGGGAGUGAUGCCUAUUGAGAAUGGACUGGCCGCCAUUGGUGACAUCAGCCCCAGCGACACAGAAAACAACCACCGCAUUAGACUAACACCAUCAGCGCCAGCUAAUGUGUUUUCUGUUUCCCCCUCAACAAAUCGUCUCUUCGUUACUUAUGUGAUCAUUUCUGACAUGUACCGUAGUCUGUACUGCUAUAAGUUGUCUUUACCAUAUCGAUGUAUUAAUGAUAUUGUUAGUAUAGGCUUUUUCUGACUCAGAAUUGUUCAGAAUGUUAACGGUAGCAGCAUUUUACUAAUUAUUAUGAUUAAGUAAGAUUUUAUGUACAUACUGCUAGUACUAUACGAUUACCUGACCUUUGGGAUGUUGUUAUACCGACUCAUUGUUUACAGUCUUCAAAUAAUUGUUCCACGAUUGUAACAAAUUCCGAUAAAGUUUUCAUAUUGUUUCAUAGUGUCCGCCAUCUUUGAUCUCGUGCUAUUUGCUGUUGCGUCACCAUUUCAUGUUUUGACGUCUUGUAUGUUUACAUCAGACGAUACAUCUAUAGAUAAUAUUAUUGUAGCUGUCGACUAAUAUAUUGUUGAUUAAAUGCAAGCUAAAAAUCCAUACGUUUAACUUAAUUUCGUAAAUUCUGUCAGAUAUUUCUGCCGUGAUCUGCGGAAUUCCGCUACCAAUGCAACUUCCUCCAUUUUUCGCAGCCUCAGUUAUUCAAAAAAUCUUGCAGUUUCACGCUUUUUUUUCGCCAAGUUACGCUACAUUCGGAACUCCUCGGCCAUUUUUAUCGAAAACAACCUCGGAUGUAUGCCGGUACAUCAGUUGAAGUUGUUCGUAUUUUUUUUAAUUAUAUCAUUAAUUAAAUGUAGUGUUUUAGAGUUGUAUUUAUUGAUCUAAAUUGAAAUUUAUUGACAGUUAACUGUAUUAUUGCAAAUAUAAUUAAGAUUCCCAAGAGUUAAGUCAUGAAGUUUAACUGCUAAAGAAAAUUACUACGCGAUCUACUUGCAGCGGACUUAAACGUACCUCUUUUUGAGUAUGUAAACCGUCCAAAUACAUCCGAGGUUGUUUUCGAUAACAAUGACUGAGGAGUUUCGAAUGGUUACGCUCACUUGUUAGCGGGACUUCACUUUAUGUAUAUAACAUCAUGUUUUUCUUAUAUCAGGAGUUCUUGCAAGAGUUUUUACUGGGUCAGGGUGCAUAUUUAUUAUUAGAAUUACAAAUAAGCAGAAAUCCUAUGCUGUAUGCAUAAUAUUGUAAUGGGAUUACAUUGGGAUUUUGGCUUGACUUUGAGAUAUAAUAUUUAUUUCUAAGAAUGAAAUAACCGAUGAAAUGAUAUUGAUAUUUGCAUAAUAUAAAUUGCUGGAAGUUUUAUUUAUUGAGUUAUAUGCGAAUAAAUUACUGUACUAAUAUCUAUGUGUUUAGAGUCAAUAUAAUACGCCAUGCUACCACACAACUGCUUGACCGUCACAAUAUAAGGAGAGAUGUCUUAAUAUUAGCUCUUAAGCUCUAAGCUACGUCUUCAGUCUUAUUCAUGUAUACAUUUAUUAUGCUGAUGUAUUAACAUCAUAUGAAUAAAUAAUGU